AAAUGAGGGGAGAGUGCCAACGCGGAGAGCGCCGCUGUGUCCCGCUGUGUCCCGCUGGGAGAACCGCACUCAACUCUAGAUGCAGAAGAUGCAUAAAAUGCUGAGGUUGUUGGUGUUGGCGUGUGCCCUCACAGCGUUGUCCCUGGCAGUGCCCGCUCAGGAGAAGCGCGUCCAUCACCAGCCUAAACUCAGUGAGCACGAGCACGAUGACUCUCACGGUUUCCAGUACGACCACGAGGCCUUCCUGGGCAAAGAGGAGGCCAAGACCUUUGACCAGCUCACCCCAGAGGAGAGCAAAGAGCGCCUGGCGAAGAUCGUAGACCGCAUCGACACAAACAAAGACGGCUUCAUCGACCACGGCGAGCUGCACCAGUGGAUCAAACACCGACAGAGGAGCUACAUCCAGGAGAACGUCAACAAGCACUGGAACGACUACGACAAGAACCAGGACGGCAAGAUCGCCUGGGAGGAGUACAAGAACACCACCUACGGCUACUACCUGGGGGAGGAGUUUGAUGACGUGGAGGAUAAAAACACGUACAAGAACAUGCUGUCGCGAGACGAGAGACGCUUUAAGGUCGCUGACCUCAACCACGACGGCAUCGCCACCAGGGAGGAGUUCACCGCCUUCCUGCACCCUGAGGAGUACGACUACAUGAAGGACGUGGUGAUCCAGGAGACAGUGGAGGACAUAGACAAGAACGGGGACGGGAAGGUGGACAUGGUGGAGUACAUCGGUGACAUGUACUCAGAGGAGGACGCGGAGAAUGAGCCUGACUGGGUCCAGACCGAGCGCAAACACUUCAGUGAAUUCAGGGACAUCAACAAGGACGGCUUUCUGGACAAAGAUGAGGUGGCCCAGUGGGUGUUACCUGGAGAGGUGGACCACGCCGACAACGAGGCCAAGCACCUGAUCCAUGAGACAGACACAGACAAGGAUGAGAAGAUCACUAAGAAGGAGAUCUUGGCCAACUGGAACAUGUUUGUGGGCAGCCAGGCCACCAACUACGGAGAGGAUCUGACCAAAAGCCACGAUGAACUUUGACCUUAACCUCUGUUAGGGUUAUUCUGUUACUGAGGGGUCGGGCGGGGUUAGGGUGUGAUUGGGGGGUCAGGGGAGGGUCAGGGUGGGGUAAGGGUGGGGUCAGGGGGUGGUUUGUGACCACUCACACAGCUGCAGAUACAUACUGUGUAUGUCCCAGCGCCUCAGUCUCACUGUUACAGAAGGUCACGUCCACAGGGUCCACACUGUACAGAGCCAGAGUUUAAGGAGCACAUGUCCCCUGUAAAGACACACUGUCUCCAGAGGGACUUGUCCUCCAAACCAGAGACACUCAGGUGGCGGGCACGGCAGAGUGGUAGAAUUUAGAUUUGAACUGUUCUCCUGGUUUAUGCUUAAUGUCUCUGUAAUUCUUACUGGGCCUGGAAUCCAGUCAAGCUGAUAAAUUAAACGUACAAUCGCAAGAGUUCUUUAACAAUAAUACUGUGUAUUACAGAGGCAAAAACAUGUUCCAUGUAAUUUAUAUUAAAUAGGAAUUAUACAUGCUGCGUACAUGUAACAAAUUAUACUCACACCAUUUUCACACAGUUUGAAAACUGCCCCACAACUCAAACAUGUGAGAGUAAACUUCUCCAACAGUUUCCUCUCAUAAGCAGGACACAGAGCUCUCCAGGCCUCUGCUCAUCCUCACAUUGAACUGUGCACAUUUUCUCUUCUGUCAUGUCACAGUGGCUCCUCUGCCCUCCACCUGAGCUUUGAACUCCACAAUAAUCUGAACCCACUGGUCCACACAUGUUUGGUAAAGCCACAUGACCAGAACAGAGAAUGAUGUCUUCACUUCAUGAGACCUGUGUUACUGAAGUCUUAUUUAAACCCUCCUCACCUUUUGUAUCUUUGUGUGUGUCAUGUUUUCUACUGAAAGUCUACAUCCUCUGUGCUGUCACCAGGAAUAAACACGUGGACCUCAG